UAUUUUGAAAGAACCACACCUGUGCUAGUGCUAGUUGUGUUGCUUCCGGCGGUUGGUUAGCUUGACGUUGGCAGGAAGGUGCUGCUGUAUUCAGGGAACAGAAAUGGACAGUCAUGGGAGAAAAGUCGUUGUCUGUGACAAUGGAACCGGGUUUGUCAAGUGCGGGUUUGCAGGCUCCAACUUCCCCGAACACAUUUUCCCAGCGCUGGUUGGCCGGCCAAUCAUCCGCUCCACAGCUAAAGUUGGAAACAUCGAAAUAAAGGACCUGAUGGUGGGCGAUGAGGCCAGUGAACUUCGCUCCAUGUUGGAGGUGAACUAUCCCAUGGAUAAUGGCAUCGUCAGGAACUGGGACGACAUGAAGCACCUGUGGGACUACACCUUCGGCCCCGAGAAACUCAACAUAAACUCCCGCGACUGCAAGAUCCUUCUGACCGAGCCGCCCAUGAACCCCACCAAGAACAGAGAAAAGAUAAUAGAGGUGAUGUUUGAAACGUACCAGUUUGAAGGAAUUUAUAUCGCCAUCCAGGCCGUCCUCACUCUCUACGCUCAAGGACUGCUGACUGGCGUGGUGGUGGACUCUGGUGACGGUGUGACUCACAUCUGUCCGGUGUACGAGGGCUUCUCGCUGCCCCAUCUGACCCGACGUCUUGACAUCGCAGGGAGGGACAUAACACGCUACCUCAUCAAGCUGCUGUUGCUGCGAGGUUACGCCUUCAACCACUCUGCAGACUUCGAGACGGUGAGGAUGAUGAAGGAGAAGCUGUGCUACGUGGGUUAUAACAUCGAGCAGGAGCAGAAGCUAGCGCUGGAGACCACCGUGCUGGUGGAGUCGUACACGCUCCCGGACGGCAGGUUGAUCAAGGUGGGAGGGGAGAGGUUCGAGGCCCCUGAGGCUCUGUUUCAGCCUCACCUCAUCAACGUGGAGGGUGUGGGUGUGGCCGAGCUGCUCUUCAACACCAUCCAGGCUGCAGACAUCGACACCAGGUCUGAGUUCUACAAGCACAUCGUCCUGUCCGGAGGCUCCACCAUGUACCCCGGCCUGCCGUCCCGCCUGGAGCGCGAGCUGAAGCAGCUGUACCUGGAGAGAGUGCUGAAGGGAGACGUGGACAAGCUUUCAAAAUUCAAGAUCCGGAUAGAGGACCCCCCCCGGCGUAAACACAUGGUGUUCCUGGGCGGCGCCGUGCUGGCCGACAUCAUGAAGGACAAGGACAACUUCUGGAUGACGAGGGAGGAGUACGAGGAGAAAGGGACGCGGGUGCUGGAGAAGCUCGGAGUCACCGUCAGAUAAAACACAAAACAAACAGAAACACUCCCCCCCCCCGACUUCCCUCCAUCUCCCCCCCCCCCAGCUGAUAUCCAGGCAUCGCUCACCUCGAUGUGUCUGGAUGUCGUCGAUUCAAGGUUAUUUUUUAUAAAGCAAGGAGGGAGGAAGGGGAAGAGGAUGAAGGAUAUGGGGUAAGAAGUUAACAGAGCCCACAAGAAAAAAAAUGCUGAGAAAUAUGUUCAAAGAUGCACAAGAUAGUGCCAAUUAGUCCUCAAUUUAAAGGAAAAGUACACGAGUUUAGGUAAUAUUUGCUUCCUUGGCAAGACUUACCACUACAUUAGGGCUGCACAAUCUGGAAAUUGACUGGUUUUGCAAUUGCGACAUGAUUCCCGAUAUUAGAGGGAUUGAUCAUUUUGAAACAUUAUUAUCAACAUCAUUUAAAACAAUGUUGAAAUGAUCGUAGUGUUCUGUUCCUUUAUUUAUGGGCUACGACUUCUCUGCAGCUCCCGAAUACUUAAUUAAGAACAUUUCGUGAUGUUGCACUAGGGUUGCACUGCGGUCAUUUCAACAUGAAACUGAAGCUAGACGACUGUUAGCUUAGCUUAGCAUAAAGACUGGAAGCAUGUGGAAACAGCUAGCGUCACUUAUUUUACACAGUAAUGAAAUCUGGCAACCGGCACAUGGCACAAGUUAUUGUUGUUACUGAAGGCAAGUUUUUGUAAAUAUUCAACAACCAACUUUAAAAAGGCCAUUCAACAUAAAUAGACAAGAAAGGAGAGGAAUUUCAAAUACUGAUAUGAGACACCUCCAAUUUGUUGUGCAAAAGAGAUACAAGGACAUGCUAAUCAUGAGCUUUAGAGGUGCUUGUAGAUGGAUUUUCUGUCCUAUGCUAAGCUAACUAGCUGCUGUCGAAGCUUCAUAUAUACUGAACAGACAUGAAAGUCUUGCCAAGUAAGCAAAUAAGCGUAUUUUGCCCCCAAAGAAAUGUUAUACACGGCAUUAAGAUGCAGGCUGUUAAACUCACACCUUCCAGUGUACUCUGAAGGGGGGGGGGGGGGGGGUUAUUCUGAUCUCUUUCUUUUUAUAGCAGCUUAUGUGUGAGUAUUUUGAUUCUAGUGCCUUUCACAGGAGGCCAGAAAAAGCUCCUGGCUGUUUUCAGGUUGAAGGCGAUGAUUAUUAUUGUUAUUAUUAUGAGCGAUGCGUUUGAGUUCCAAAACGAGACCCCCGUCUUGCUAAGAAUGUGCUACCUAAUCUGUCAAAACAGAUGACGGCAUUAAAAUAAUGCUCAGUGUGGAGCAUUACAGAGAUUAGAUGUAAGAACAAAUAGACCAUUACAUGCUGUGUGUUUUUACACACCGAUCAUUUAAUAACCCCCCCCCACCCCCCACAUCUCCUGUUUGGGAGUGAGUGCAGGAGGGCCGGCAGACAUGUUUUACUCGGCACCUCGUUUGUCUUUCUCUGCAGCUUCUCUUUGUCGGGAUGAUUUGUUGCUUCUCGAGCGCGGGAGGCAAUGUGUUUCUCAAGAUUUAAUUAGGAAGAUGUGAGAGGAAUACUUGGGAACAUCUUAAGGAUAUUUGAAGUUACUCAGUCUUUUAGUUUUCUCUCCUUCCAAAUCACGGUGUUACAAUGAUCUGUUUGUGGUGAUAAAAAGAGUUUAGGAAACAAUCCAGUUGAAGCUUUUAAUUGGAUUGGAUUUGUCACUGUUUCCAGUUUAACACCAACAAAUCAACUAUUCCAUAUCACAGAGGAUUGAUGUGAGAACGUUUUUCAUUCGUUGUCGAUAACAAAGCCUCAAGGCAUUGCUCAGUCUUGAUGCAGGACGGUUAAUCCUCAUAUGACUGGUCACUUCUCUUGCCUUGAAAACCACUGAGGCUCCUUUCUUUCUUUUUUUAACAUGCAUUUCCUUUCUCUUUAUGUUCUUUAUCAAUGCUGUGCUUUUUGUCUCUGAGGACACCAGGGUUUCUCUGACAGACUGUUAUGCGUCUGAUUGUUGACCUGUAUCAUUCCCCAUGUUCACUGUGGUCACAGUGAAGCUGUCUGCCCUCAACAGCUGAACACAGCUCAGCCAUCGCUAUCAAACUAUCAUUUUAAACUGCGUCGAACAAACUGAUUGGCUGGUUCUGGGUCAGAUGUUGAGGGUAAAGAUAUUAAGAUAUUGUGUAUUAAGAAGGAAAUGUCCAACAGGAAAUAAUUCCCUGUCUUGAAGGAGGAGAGGAGGUGUGGCGUACAGAGCUAGUAGAGGACGUAAGCAUCAUAGAAAUAAACAAAUAUCUCAUUGGUUGAAAACAAAUCUGUGGUUGAUGGCUAAUCUUAAUUUAAGCACCCUGCCAUGUUAUAUUACCUUCUUGCAAACCUGCUAACCGUCUUACAGUGUGAAGUUCAUUCAAAUGUGGCAUUUAAUUCCACUAGUUAGUUGCUGUAGAGAAAAACAGAAGAUUCUCGAUCCUAAAGAUUGGUGUUUUUUUAGGAUAAAAAUAAUCAAAAAACUGUAAAAAGAUAAUUGUAAUGAACCUUCAUUUUCACAGUUUUUCAAAACAGAAUGAUUAUAUUGCAUGGUUCAUUUGGUAUUAAGACGUUUCCCAACAAUAAUAUAAGAUUAGCUACAAAAAUAACCAUUUUUACCAAAAUGAAUAAUUUAUUAAAUGAAGAUUUGUAUUCUCUUUGAUUGUGGUACGCCUCAGCCUUAGUUGCAAUCGGACUGAUUAUGUUCAACCAAUGAGAUCAUUCUAGUGUUUGUGCAUCUAAAUCACUGAAUCGACACUUAUAUUUAGAAAACCUAAAGAGUAAAAUCAGUGUUUUCCAUUUUUGAUUUUGCAUUCCUCUGAUUAAAUCAGGCUUUUUCAUCGCGACCACACCGCCCCCUUCCUUGUCGGUUGUUCUGAAGAUUAAUUUGUGGGUUUUGGGUUUUUUUGUGGGUUACUGCUAUAUAAUUUGUAAUGUUAAUAAGAAUCUGGUGUCAGGUAAAAGGAAAACCACGUAAAAGCUGGUAUUUGUGGUUUUCCUUCUCGGUUCUUAUGUGUAUAUUGGAGGCACUUAUAUAAAUAUCAAUGUAUAAUUUCCCUCUUGACGAACACAGUCAUCGAGUGCCAAGUACAGUUAUUCUUGUGGGAUAUUAUUUUUGGUCGUCCUUUUUAUGUUUUGUUUAUAACAUAACUGCCUACCGCUGAUUUAAAUAAAGCAAAGUGAUUUAUAGAC